UUGCGUGAUCUGUUCUACCCCUGUUCCCACACUCCCUACCCUCCCCGAAAUCUGUGACCACCGGGAACUCUCAAGUACCACAUCAGCUUGUGCUGAUGUCAACGGAACAGGACACCGGGGCACUGCCACAACACAGUGCCAGGCUUGCAGUUCGUAGCCACUCUGUGGUACCUCCACGAACUAAGUAUCAGCAACAGCAACUCAGCAGGCGGACGACUCCAGCGGCAUCGAGUACAGCAACUGCAGUACCGGUUACCACCGGGGCUCUUCCCGCAUGUCCGGUCCAAGGGGCCCACGAGCCAUUGUCUGAUUACCUUCAGCGGGUACAGGCAUUUACGAAUGCCGUCGCUACCGCUAAGGCACAGCAGGAGGCAGCAGAGGCGGGACGUCAGCGGCUGGCCAAUGAGGCGGCAGCCCAAGCUCAGCGAAUUGCUGAGGCUGAUGUGAUGGUUCGAGACAAGCGGAACGCCAUCAGCAUGGAAUCCUUGACUCAGAACGAGAGUCACUGGACGACACUACUCCAAGGCAUGCUUUUUGAGCCUUCGGACGAACGGGCGGAACCGACACCGGCGGAGGCAGAAAGGAGUAACCUGGCUGACCUGAUGCUGAACGUGAUGCGGGCGGUGAUGUGGACCAAUACGAUGUUAACUGUGCAGAUACACGAGGGCAGACAGCUGCGACAGGCUGAACAGAAAGAUGCUGCAGCCUUAACAGCCGCUGUUCUCGCCGCCGCCACACAUCAGCAAUAACAGCAACAGCUGUUGAACACCACCACCGCACGCGUCAACAGCAUCGAGGCUAAAGCCUCA